AUGGCGGAUCCUCGCAUAACGGCGGAUGCAAUAUCCAGUGAAGAUGUUGAGAUGGAAGGUACUAAUUCGCAUCUCGGCAACGGCUUGGGUGGCAAGGUUGCCAAUGGAAACGGUGACGCCCACCUUCGGGCUGCUGAUUCACUGCAUCACCUGGUCCAAACAAAUACACCUCAAUUUAAACCAGACCCUGAUGAUACCCAACCAACUUCUUCUCCCCCUCCCUCCCAGGCUGGCUCUAACAAGAUGAAGCCUGCAUCGAAGAAGAAAGGAACCGCGGCCAAGAAAGGUCCUAGAAGGUCUAGGAUCCCCAAAUCCAAGACCUCCAAAAAGGACCCCUCGUCAACUGGCCCCGCGAAUGGUGCCCAAGACGGUAGCUCCGACGACGAGACUGACAACGGCCCCUAUUGUAUCUGCCGUGGACCAGACGACCACAGAUGGAUGAUAAGUUGUGAUGUCUGUGAAGAUUGGUUCCAUGGAGAAUGCGUCAACCUCGAUAAAGAGGUUGGCGAAAAGUUGGUCGAGCGUUUCGUCUGUCCUAACUGUACUGAUGGCAAGCUCAACUAUACCAAGUACAGGAAAACUUGCUCCUAUACAGGCUGCAAAACUGCUGCUCGUCUAUAUACUAAGGAUCCUAAAGAAAGAAGUGCUUUCUGCUGCAAUGAUCACUGCGACCUCUGGUGGUCAUCUUUGAUAAACACGCUGCCAACUAAAGCCGCCUCCGAAAAGGCUAUCGAAGUCCUUACUCAGGAAGAUUUCGUCGGUCUUCUUGUUAGUACUAUAGAGAAGGGCGGUUGGAAGCUCGGUGAUCAACCCUUUGGCAACGUAGACGGCCUUUGGGCCAAUGGUCUCCCCACCCAGCCGGACGUUCUUAGUGAUGAGGAGCAAGCCUUCUUGAAGAGCUCUGCCGCCGAACGCCUUGCGCUUGGUAAUGAAAUCGUGCAGUAUAAGAAGAUGAUGCAGCUUAUAGAUUGGGCCAACCAUCGUCGGCAGCUUGCUAUCGAAGCGAGUAAAUUCGCCAAGGACAGCUGCGGUUACGAUUGGCGACUCGACACGGUCUCGGUUCGUUACCAGUUCGCGGAAUGGCUAGAGACUCCAGAGGGCCAAGCGACCUUCAAAGCGGGGAAACUCGAUACGCCCCUCGAUCCCGACUUGCAAGGGGACCCGACCACGCGCGGCAUGUGCGAAAAGAAGCGCUGCAAAUCGCAUAACGGAUGGUAUAAGUUACUGAUGAGUGCGGUUCGAACCCUGAUUAAGGAGACGGCGACGGCGGCAGCGGACAAGUUGAACUCCGAGGAUGUUAUGCGUCAGGCGGCGGAAGCUAGAUUCGAGAGACGCCAGCUGGAGAACAAUUCGGUGCAAGUCUUGGAAGACUGA